AUGAAAGAAAGCACUCAACUAAACCAUUUUUGUAUUUCAUCGGAACCCCACUCUGGUAUCGAUGCUGCUCGCUCUUGUUUAUUAGUUCUUCUUCGAAAGAUUUGUUUCAAUUUGUUCUCACUUGAUUUCUACGAUGCUGCCGCCGAUAUUCUCUCCUUUAUUAUUUCCUGUGUACUUAAGCAAUCUGCUUCCGAUCAAGAUUAUCAGUCAUUCUCACCUAGAAUCGUUAAUGCAAUGUGGUCUUCUUUAUUUGGAACCUUAGAUCACUUGAUUAAAUCUCAAUCGAGGCUUUGGUACUUGACUAAAAAACCCAAAUCUCAGCGUGAAGAAUCUAAUGUAUUCAACAUACUGUCCUUGUAUAAACAAUUAGUUAUUUCUACAGGUUCCUAUGUUGACGUUCUAUUUUCGAAAUCAACAGCCAUUCGUUCCGAUACUGCUACUGCUAUCUGUUCAUUCAGCAAAGACUGGCUUCCUAAAUUAUCUAAUAUGCUAGCAUCGACUUCUGGUGACAAUCUUACAUUUUGGAUUCCCAUUCUUUCCACGACCGUGUUUUUUUAUGCCUUAUACAAUUUCAGUCCAGAUCUUGGUGACUUGCUUUCUGAUCUUGCUGAAUGUCAUAAACGUGUUUGCAGUGACGAUGUUUGUCCGUCAAAAAAUAGCCCUCCUUGGCCUGCCGUGCUUACAGAUGUGCUAAUUACUUUAUCGACAGACCCCUGCAGCUUAUUUCGUACAAUAAUUCACUCAUCCUUUUCUUGUCUAAUAAGCCAAUACGAAGCCCAUGUUCUGUCAGCUGACCAAAAUACUUCACCUGUUCUAUCUCUUAUUAUUGACGCGCUCAAAGCCCCUUCAUCCAACGAACCUACGCAAAGCGAUAUUGACUUAAAAGAUGCUGAGAUGAAUGAAAGGGAUCCUGAGGAAGCACUUGAUUCAGAUUUCGGUGUAUCAGGUGAUGAACCUUAUAAAUUCCCACUAAUAUGUUGCGCCGAUGAAUACUUCUAUUAUUAA